CACAACCAAGAGUGCAGGCAGAGCCUCAGCUGAGCAGGUGUUCUUCCAUCUCAAGCAGCCAGAAGUCCGGCCUCCACGGGACCCGACUUCCCACUACCACCACCACGGGAAGUGGACCCCGCUCCACUUGCCGAGACAUCAACUCACCCACCCGGGUGUCCAUUCUACUAGAUAAGAUAUGAAUCUACCCCACCGAGAGGCCGACAGUACUGGCCAAGAGUCUGAGCCCACUGGCCUAGAUUUCGACUCUGCUGCCCAAGAUGAUUUCUACACCAGCCAAGAACUCAACUCUCUCUACCAAGAGCUGGACCUGAACUCUCUUAAUGAAGAUCUUCUUUCCCUGUCCAUACCAUAUGCCAUGACAGGGACCUCUGUGGUCACAUAUGAAUCCCACCUGUCCUCUGAACCAGAGAAUUUGACAGAGACCGAACAUUUGGAGUUCAAAUCCGAGCUUACUAAAUUGGAGGUAGAAAUCGUAACCUUACGCCGAGCUCUAGCAGCCAAAGAGAGACACUACUGGGAGCUCAAGAGAAAGUCAGACCCCACUGCCUUGGAGGGGUUUAGACAGAAUCUGUCCAAGAGCUGGCAUGAUGUUCAGGUCUCCAACGCCUACAUGAAACAGAAAACAUCAGCUGCCCUGUCCACCAUGGGCUCUGCUAUCUGCAGGAAGCUUGGAGAUGUGAAGAAGUCAACCACUUUCAAGUCCUUUGAAGGUUUGAUGGGGACAAUCAAGUCCAGAGUCACAGGUGGCCGAGAGCUCGGCAGCGACAGCCUCCCAUCUUUGGCAGAGAGUGGAGACGAUCCACCCCCAGUUUUAGCAAGUGGGUAUGACCCAGUUCCAGUUCCAGGGAGUGGAAAUGAUCCGCUUCCCAUUCUGGGGAGUCAGGAUGAUGGGCUUCUCUUUCUGGAACCAGAAUGAGCCCCAUUUGUAAACUUACCUGGCCUCCAAACCAGUGCAAGAACCCUCUUCACUCAUCACAUCUGCAACAGUGCCCAACAAAAACAAGCAAACAAAGCACCAUGGUAAAGUUAAUCAACAAAAUGGACAGA